AUGGGUGUCUCACAUGAGACGUCCAUUAUGGUGCUCAUCCUGGUGUUCUCGUCGGCCACCAGCGUUGGCGCCGUUCGCCGCAAGGCAUGGCGCAUGCUGCAAAUUCACGGUAAACGGGCUUGGCUGAAACCAGGUUUGCCGUGGUACGACCCGCACUACCCUACCGUCUUCAACACUACGAUCUACCCAGAUUUCAUGCAGGGAGGAGGGUACAUCCUCUCGCACGGCGCAGCCCGCGCCGUCGUCGACAUGGGGAAGGAGGUGGGACUCUACUCGUGGCGGCGUGAAGCAGAACGGAUGCCGCAUCAAGAGGACGUGCUCGUGGCGGAGCUGCUGCGGCGUGUAUCAAUGUGUAAGCGUGUUGCGCUGCGAUUUACUUUCAGCAUCCAACUGUCACGGGGGGUCAAGCACGUGCACAGUAAGCUGCCGACCCGCUGCGGGCGGGAGCAAAUGUGGAUGCACCCUGUCAACCUCGCCAGGAUUGCUGCGGUCGAGCGGGCUGCUAGCGGCAUUGCAGAAGCCGUGAAACGGUGA